AGAUAUUCCUAGAGAGAACAUAUUCAUAUAAUCUGUGAAUAAUCAAAUCCGCAAAUAUCAGAGCCACAAAUAUGGAGGGAUGAGUGUACUUGUUGAGACUGACAUUUUUAAAAUAAACACACAGGGAGUGUAGAUCGGUGAGCAAGUGUGGGGCAGAGUGUGACCUAUAGUUCAGGAAAGAUGUGGUUUUGGCAGCACAACCAGAGCGGCUCUACCGCUUCCAUUCCCUCUCAUUUGUCCUUUUUCUUUGGCCCUGAUCCUCCCAGCCACCCAAAAGCAAACAGAAACAGUUGCCUGUCCAUGGGUCAAUGUAAUGUAAUGUAUCUAUUUAAACUCUUAUUUAAAAGAAGGAACCAUCCCGUGGUGGAAAGCAAGAGUAUAAUCUGUCCUGGAAGCACCAACCCCCAUUACUUUCUCAUUCAUCCAGCCUUGAGAAUAAACACAAAGAGUUAGGUCUGCUGAGAUUUUGAUGCUGGCUUCGCUUUGAGGAGGAUUAGCCCAUUUCCGUGACAGAAUUGUCUUUAGUUGUAACCAAAGGAAAGAUGAAUCCGGCAUCAAAAGCCUGGCGCCAAAGAGGAGCCCACAACCAGGGUGAGCUUUCGGACUACACCGAGAAGGAGCGGGAGAUUAUGGCGGACAUCGAAUUGAGGAAGCUGCAGCAACAGUUCCGGAUCAUGAUGGAGAACCGGAAGUCUUUUGGGUUUAAGACCGAACAACUGCUGCACCAGCAAGAAAAACAGAUCCAUGUCCUGAAGCAAGAGAACGAGGAGAUCAAUUUAAUCCAGAGUCUGAUCCUGUCCCCCCAAAACUUAUUCAUGGAUGAGCAAAACUGCCUGACCCUCAAAUUCCUUCUUCACGCCAAGGAUAAAUGCAACGAUUGCAUCAGGGCCACAAAGGCUUUGCUGGCGGAACUGGACAGCAAGGUACUACAACUGGAAGGGAAGAUUAAGAAGCAAAAAAUCCUUGUGAUCCGAAUGAGGCAGGAGUAUGAAGGAAAGCGGCUCCAGAAACGGAUUUACCUGUUGGAUAACCGCCUCCACCAGUUAACAGUCCAUUUUGACAUACUCUUGACCAUCAACGCCAAGCUCCGCGAAGAUAUAGACAACCUGCAGAUCCAGAAGUCUGUCUUUGAUGGCAUUUACUGGAGGCUGUACAGGCAGCUGGACCAGCAACGGAAAACCAUAGACUUCUCCAUCGAGCGGUCAAUGCUGGCUUAUGAGCAAAGGACGGAAGCCCUUGCAAGAAUCUCUGCCAUGAAGGAACGGCGCGCCAAAGACCUUGCGUCAUUCAACAUCGAGUUUCGAGACCUGGAACGGAUCUAUAACCAUGAGACCAAGCUGAGGGCCUUUAUGUUCAUGAAAAUGGUGGACCGCUCUGAAUUUGAGGAGCAAGCCAAAAAGGAAGAAGCUCUCAAGGCAAGGAAGAGGGCCAAGACCAAAGGGGAAACAUUGCAGAAUUACGAGAAGGCAUACCAGCGCUUGUUGGAUCUGACAGAAGAUGGUGACAUUGACCAGCUGGUAGACGACUUCAUUGACAAGGAGGAGAAGAAUUUUGCUCUCUUCAGCUACAUCACCGAGCUCAUCAAUGAGAAUGAUCGGCUGCAGAAAAUUAUCGAAGACACUCAGAAUGAAACCAACCGACUGAUAGCCAAGCAGAAGAAGGAUGAAGAUGAAGCCCACAACAAGCUGAAGGAACUGGAAGAACAGCUGCAGAAGACAACCGAAGGUGCCAACUGGGCCGAGCUAAAGCUGAAGGAGAGCCGGAAGAUCCUGGACCAGUUGAAAUCCUUGGUGGACCUCCUCUUCAGGGAGCUGGACUGCGAUGCUACCAAGAUCAAGGAACACCUGGGCGAGAGUGGGGACAUCACGGACCAAAAUCUGUUGGCUCAUUUAAGUAUUAUUGAGAAGAAGAGCAACAACCUUCUGCUGAUCGAGUCUUUCUUGCACUACAAGGAUGUGGAGGGGGAGCUGGACUCGGUCCCCAUGCUGAACCCAUUUUUGGGAGGCUCUGCUGCACUGAAAAAGGUGGAGCCCAUCAAAAUAGCACCACCGACCCUCAGCGUGGAUCCCUUUGCAGAUUAUACAGAGCCUUCUGUGGAAGCUCCAUUGGACUACCAAAAACUCCGGGCCUUGGUGCUAGAGAACCAGGAGAAGCUCAAAACUAGAGUUGAUUCUGGAGAAAGGACUGACAGCCCCGGCCGGGAGAAGAAGAAACCCUCCUCGACAUAGAUGGAAGCUGAUACAAAAAGAUGCUGGAAGCAAUGAUGACAGGUGGCCUCCGUGCCAGUGGAAUGGUGAACCCACUCUGGGUUUUAGUAUGAACUUUAAUUCAAAGUGCCGAAUCUAAUCCCCCAAACAGAUUAGCUCCUUUAAAUUUUGGGUUAAAAACCAUGGCAGAUUGACCAUGCCACUGACAUGGAUUUCUCCAGUUACUGUUAGGUGCUGGAACAAUCUUUUCUAACCUAUUUUAUUUAUAAAUAUAUAUAUAUUGUACAAAAUAUAGAAAUGGCUCCCACUGCAUAGU